AUGUCUUCAUUUAACGAAACACAGCGGAGUAGCCUCGGCAGUCAUGAUAGAAAAUUGCGGUACAGAGCAUUGCUUGAGGACUUGUCCACUUUAGAAUCUGAAAAUAGUUUCAAUGAAGAUCUUAUGGACAAGACGGCUAGUGCCGUUAGGGAGGCACAAACAUUACUUGCCGAGGGUGGUGUGGAGGAACGAGUUAAACAUCCAGGGGAGGGUUACCUAGACUCCAAGGUGUUACGCGUCGCCAGUGACGUAGCGGUCCGCGUCACAGAGUCCAUCAGUGGGAAUGUCAAUACUUAUGACAAACAUGAACUGGCAUUUCAUAUUCGGGAGAAUCCAAACUUCUGGUGCUUUGCAUUACCUCGCGAAGUGCCAUCAGUAGCGUUCUUGUACGGCACGUUCGCGCCCACGCCGCCGGAGCUCAGGCCGAGGGCCCCGCGGAGGGCCGUGCAGCGGCAACAGGCGCAGACGCUCAAGGCACCUGAAAAUGUGGACAAACUGGGUAAAGUAGAGGAAGGCUCCCAAAUGGUGAGCAGAGUGAACCGGUUCAUCACGAAGACGUACAAACAGACCAACGCACCCCUCAGCUACUUCCACACAGUGCUGGACCCUACCAGCUUCAGCGCUACCAUAGAGAACAUAUACUAUGUGUCCUUCCUUGUGAGAGAUACCCUCAUCAGCAUAAAUCUUGAUGAGGAGUUUGGUCUGCCAUUCAUAACACCAAUACCAGCAUCGAAAGAGAAGAGGGACAUAGGGGAUGAGAACCAGUUCAUUGUGUCCAUGGAUCGGCAGAGAUGGCAGGAGCUAAUAGAAGCCUUUGGCAUCACGCAACCGAUGAUGGUCUUAAAGCGAUAA